AUGCAUACCCGGAGCCUCUUCAAGGCCGUCCUCUCCGGCCUGGCCUUGGGAGGCAGCGUCUUCGCUGAGCCCCUCCCCGACAGUGCCAGGGUAGAACCGCUUGAACCUAGGCAGACGAUCACCCCUGGCGGCAAGCCAUGUGGCGAGCAUGGCCCUACCAAUAGGCGGUGCUGGAAGAACAACUGGACGAUUGACAAAGAGAAUGAGAUUGACCCUCCUCCGGCGUUUAACAAUAGGGUUUAUGACUUCUAUAUCACUAAUGAGACCGAUUGGAUCGGCCCCGACGGCGUGCGGAAGCAUGCCAUGCUUGUUAAUGGACAAUAUCCCGGACCAACAAUUGUAGCUGAUUGGGGUGACUACAUCGUCGUCAACGUGCAUAAUAUGUUGCAAGACAACGGUACCUCGAUCCAUUGGCACGGCAUCAGGCAGAUUGGGGAAAGUGACCAAGACGGAGCAAAUGGAGUGACGGAAUGUCCCAUUCCACCGGGCGCAAGCAAGACGUACUCGUUCCAUGUGGUUCAAUACGGAAACUCUUGGUGGCACAGCCAUUACUCUGGACAAUAUGGUAAUGGUGUUUUCGGAGCGAUGAUUGUAAAUGGCCCUGCAGUGGAAAAUUACGAUAUCGAUCUUGGCCCAUACGUCAUCAACGACUACUACCAUGACACGGCCGACAACCUCGGACGAGCAGCCGAGAUCUCCGGCCCGCCAGACAGCCAGAACAUUCUCUUCCGCGGCAAGAAUGUCCACCACGCGGACCCGUCCAAGGGCGCGUACGACCGCAUCAAGCUGACGCCCGGCAAGACUCACCGGCUCCGUCUCAUCAACACGAGUGUGGACAACUCCAUAACCGUCAGCCUCGUAGGCCACACGAUGAAGAUCAUCCAGGCGGAUCUCGUCGUCACAGAGCCUACCGUGCGUGACCGGAUCUUCUUAGCCGUUGGCCAGCGGUACGACGUCAUCAUCGAGGCGAACCAGCCCGUCGACAACUACUGGUUCAACGUGACGAUGGAAGCGCGCAACAACUGCGGUCGAACGCAGAAUCCCUUUCCCGCAGCCAUUUUCUCAUACGAAGGUGCCGACGACGACGCGUUGCCGACGGACCAGGGCGUGUCCUUCGCAGCCGCGUGCGAGAAUGAGAAGGACCUCGUGCCUUACCUCGAGAGGCACCUCGACCCCAACGACUUCGACCCCGGCGAGCUCCGCGUCGAUCUCGAGCAGCCCGUUGUCGACUUCCGCGGCAAAGUGUUCCGAUGGGAAAUCAACGACGUGGACAUCGAGAUCGAGUGGGACCAUCCCAUCCUCGAAUACAUCUACGAGAGCGACAACGCGUGGAAGCCCAAGCACAACAUUAUCGAGAUCCCACACGCCGAUGUCUGGACGUACUGGAUCAUCCAGAACAACUUCAUCCUGCCGCAUCCGAUCCACCUGCACGGCCAUGACUUCCUCGUCCUGGGCAAGGGCGAAGGUCGGUUCGAUCGCGACCAGCACUUUUCGCAGCUCAAGUUCGAUAACCCGCCGAGGAGGGACGUCGAGCAGAUGCCCGGGAGCGGAUGGAUGGUCAUUGCCUUUUACACGGAUAAUCCAGGGGCUUGGUUGUUGCAUUGUCAUAUCGGGUGGCAUGUGAGCCAGGGGUUCGGGAUGCAGUUCUUGGAGAGGAAGAGCGAUAUCCCGCAGUUGAUGCAUUUGAAUCAGAUGGUGCCGAAUUGUAAUGCUUGGAGGGAGUAUGCGCCGAAGAGUCCGUGGUUGCCCAUGUUGGAUUCGGGGUUGAGACAGAGGAGGCGGUGGGUGUGGUAA